UGCAACUUGCAAGGCUGUUGACUCCUUUUGACUCCUGUCUUGCUCCCAGGCCGGCUGUCCUCCGCUCACUGUAUAUUUCGCCUACUCGUAUCACAGAGGUCGCCGUCUGUUUUCUCUCUCAUAUCGUCGAUCUGGUCGUCUCUCUGUCUUCCUCGGCCACCCCUUUACUUCCGACCCUUCCACCACCUCCGAGGUCAUUACUGGACCUUUUUCGACUCGCCCUCUCGUACCGCAGGACGACGAUUUCGCUAUAUCUCCCCCUACCGAUUUUCGGAUUGGAUGACAAACGGACGGUCCUGCUGUGCUAUACGACACCGGCGCGCCUGUCUUGACGAUAUUUGGCAUCAGCGAGAUACCUCCGUUCCUAGUCUCACGAUACCGUGUCACAAACACAACAGAUCCGAGUUGGUUUAUUUCUCGGCCAAUACUCGAGAUCACCGCUUCUUCACGCUUUAUAUACUCGUCACCCCUUGACUUGACACAGUAGGAUGCUGGGUAGGGUAUAAGUGAGCCUUGGGGUCGUUGAUUGACGACUACUGGAUCAAAUGGCUUCCAUUCUUUCCCUCCGUUCGCUGAUGCGACCGUACCUAUUUCUCCUCAUGAUUAUCACAUCCUUCUCUCCCGCUUCUGCCGACAUGUGCACCUUCUGGGAUAGCGGAUGCGUCGACCCAUUAGCUCAAACCGCCAUCUCCUUUAAAUUCCCUCCCCUCUUCCUCGAAACAAUCAACUUCUAUUACGCCUUCGAUGCCGACGGUCGCGGAAAGGGCCAAGCACCGAUGAUCAAAGCCGGAUAUUGGAUUGGAUACGAGGCGUACGUCAACAAUUCUGUGAUUGAUAUGAACCGGACGUCUGAGAUCGCCGUCCGGGUGGGCAAUCUGACAGGAACUCCGUCGGGCGGAAACAAUGGAUGUGACGGUGUUUGGGGCCCCGAAUGCUCGAAGAAUAUGCAGGACUUCUUCAAGGAGCACAUCUUUCGUCUGAUCACUGGAGGGGAAUACGACAAUCCUUUGAGCAUGCUGGUAGAAUCAUUCCAUGCGCAUCCUCCGGAAAUCAAGAACUGUCCACCGCCGUUCUUUGACGUCCAAAAACUACCUACUGAUCAAUUCGCAUUCGAAAGCGAAGAUGAACAGGUUGCAGUCAUCAAGAAGACCGGAAGCGCCGAUUCGCCGUGGAUGACAUGGUUCAUUGACAACAUGACCGCGGGCGACCAAGCCGAACAAGUCGCUGUUGGUAUAAUGAGCCGGACACCAGCGUACGGCAGCCCGUUACCGCAGAAUCCGGACGGAAUCCAGGUUGAACUCGUCUGCGCUCGCGCGCCGUCCUCGGGGACUUCUGUGAGUUCCGUGAGCAACGAUUGAAGCGACCGCGAGGUUCAAGAAUCGAAUCCAUAAUUUUUUGCACGAAAGCGACAUGACCAGCGAUAUACCCAAGGAUGGCUCUGCUCGGGCCUAUUGCCCACUCGGAUGCCACACCCCGAUCACCCAUGCGGCCUCUCAACAGAUUACGAUGCCGACACCAAUACAUGGACAAUACAUGGACA